CUUCAUUUACAAAACCAAGACCAAGACCAAGACCAUGUUCAACUCAAAAGCUCGUGCUGAACUUGGAAUCGGUAUUCAAUCCAACAACCUCAACGAUCCUAUCUUAUCAACACUACAAUAUCAAACUCGAUUAAACUUUUACUCUCAACCUCCUACUACUGAUAUCACAAUCGAUCAAUUCGAAACUUGGGCUAUAAAUCGUCUUAAAGUUUUGGCUGAAAUUGAAAAUAGUUUAUCAAGAAAUCGAUCAUUUGAAGAACUUAAACCGAUCUUAACAAAUAGAUGUAAAGAAUGUUUACCAUUAUCUGCCAAUACAGCAAAAUCAGUAGAUUUAGAUUCACAAAGAAAAAUCGAUCAUUAUUCUCAUUAUAUCCUAAGAUUAGCUUUUUGUAGAUCUGAAGAACUUAGCUCUCGAUUUGUAAACGCUGAAACUUUAUUAUUCAAAUUCAGAUUUGAAACUGAAGAUACUUUAGAAAGGAUCAAAUUUAUUCCUUCUUUAAAGAUUGAUUGGCAACAAGUCGAUCAGAAUGAAGUAACACAUAUCAAGACCAUGAUGAAAGAUCCUAAUGAAGAUACAUAUUACAAAGUUCGUUGGACAAAAGUUCCAGAUCUCGUCUCAUCAAGAAAGGUUUACUUGAAAGCUGGUUAUGCUUACGUCUCUUCAAAAGAUCAAGCCUCUAUCAUCUUUCAAGAGUUUUCAUCUCGUCUGAAAAAAGCAUUAGAAAUCACAUCAAAGCAUCUUCCCGACCUCGACGAAGAUUCAAGACUAUUACCCGUACUGGAACAUCUUUCUCUCAACUUCUUAGCUGGAAUCUCCGGUUCACAAUACGUUGCACGGAAUCCAGGUGAUCCUGAUAGUGCAGUCUUCACAUCAGAUAUGGUUGAUGAUCUCGCAAAACAACAUUUCCCACCUUGUAUGAGACAUUUAUGGAAUAUCUUACGAAAAGACAAACAUUUGAAAUAUGGAGGAAGACAACAAUUCAACUUAUUCUUAAAGGGAAUUGGCUUACCAGUAGAUGAAGCACUCAUCUUUUGGAGAAAAGCUUUUUGUAAUGUUUCUGAUGACAAGUUUCGUAAAGAUUACCGAUACGGUAUUCGACAUAACUAUGGUCUAGAAGGAAGUCGAAAAAAUUACCAACCGAUGCCAUGUACAACCAUCAUCAAAAACGGAGCAGGUCCAUCCGAUUCACAUGGUUGUCCAUUCAAACAAUUCACUCCAAUUAAUUUAACUCAAUUCUUAACUCAAUCUUAUGGUCUGAAUUCAAAUUCAAAUGAAAUCAAAGAUAUUUUAAAUUGGAAUAAAUCUUCUCUUUAUCAUUUAUCUUGUACUUGUGUUUUUGAAGUUCAUCAUAAGAAAUAUGGGGUCAAAAAAGGUCAAGGUGUGGGUCAAAGUGAAAGCGUUUCUCAUCCAAAUCGAUAUUUUGAAGCUAGUCAUAAGCUCAGUCACCCUACAGAAGAAGGAACCGUUAAGCCUACUUGAUAACUGGCAAGAAAAAGUUUCAUGUUUGUAUUUAUCUCUACUUUACCUCCUUAUUUAUAAGUUUUUGUAUACCUACCUUUUGAUCGUGAUGAUUGAUAGUAAUCUAGAUGGAAGUUUGUAUGUACCAAAUCACUCUUUAUUUGAUAGUUGCUGUCAGUACUGCGCCGUUUCACAGAAUCAGCAUGUCACAUCACGAUAUCGCACUCGACUUGGGACACAGCCUCCGAAGCCAUCGAGUCGUCUCGGUGACAUUGUUUACAUCCAUCAUUGAAGGGUGUUACACAUUUUUGAUUCAUGCCCGAAGAUCCGACAAUGUAAAACAUAAUCACUUCGUCGCU